GUUCCUCGGCGAGUUUGCUCUUACGUCAGCGUGAAUCGUGACAGGUAACUCGCGUUCAUUUCACCUGGGACGCAGUGAUCGUGUCCGGCAGCAGCUUCGCCUUGUCGCCGAUCUGUCACGCUUCGCUCUAACCUACGUGCGCGUAAGUUCUAUAGAAAGGAACAGCACCACUCCGUGAAACCAUGCCGCAAGACGUCGGAACCGAAGGCGACAACGCCGCUCAGUCUGGAGAACCUGUUCAAAAGAGCGCUGUGCAACUCAAGAAAGAAGCCAAGAAGAAAGAGAAGCUGGAAAAAUUCAAGCAGAAGCAGGAGAAGAUGCAGACUGUUCAGCCCAAAGCCGACAAAAAACCCAAAGAGAAAAAGGAAAAGGAGGUUAUCACAUAUGACAAGCCAACUGCGCCUGGAGAAAAGAAAGACACAUCGGGUCCGAUGCCAGAUGCAUACAGCCCACGGUAUGUGGAGGCCGCGUGGUAUGCUUGGUGGGAGAAGAGCCAGUUCUUCAAGCCUGAAUAUGGGGGAAGAGACAUCUUGGCUGAUAAUCCAAAAGGACGAUUUGUGAUGGUGAUCCCACCUCCAAAUGUCACUGGCACCCUGCACCUUGGACAUGCCCUCACCUCGGCCGUCGAGGAUGCUGUAACCCGGUGGAAUCGAAUGAAGGGGCGUACCACUCUUUGGAACCCUGGCUGUGACCAUGCCGGCAUUGCCACCCAAGUGGUUGUGGAGAAAAAGCUUUGGCGGGAGGAGGGCAAGACACGCCAUGACAUUGGCCGCGAGGCCUUCGUGCAGGAGGUCUGGAAGUGGAAGGAAGAGAAAGGAGACCGCAUCUACGAGCAGCUGCGCAUGAUGGGCUGCUCAGUUGACUUCGACCGUGCAACAUUUACCAUGGACCCUAAAAUGUGCAAGGCAGUGAUGGAAGCAUUUGUGCACCUGCAUGAUGAAGGACUUAUCUACCGCUGCUGCCGACUCAUCAACUGGUCCUGUACCCUUCGCUCAGCCAUCUCAGACAUUGAGGUUGAUAAAAAAGAGCUGCCUGGACGGACUCUUCUUCCUGUGCCAGGUUAUAAGGAGAAAGUGGAGUUUGGCGUGCUCGUCUCUUUUGCUUACCCAGUGAUGGAUUCAGAUAAGGAAGUGGUGGUGGCCACGACACGUAUUGAGACCAUGCUGGGCGACACUGCCGUGGCUGUACAUCCAGAUGACCCCCGGUACUUUGAUCUUCAUGGCAAAAGCGUGGUGCAUCCGUUCUGCAACAGAAUUAUCCCCAUUGUGACUGAUAAGUUUGUUGACAUGCAGUUUGGCACAGGCGCUGUGAAGAUCACCCCAGCACAUGACCACAAUGACUAUGAGGUUGCCAUGCGCCUUGAGCUUCCUUUCAUCACAGUAAUUGAAGACGAUGGUACCAUCUCGCCAGGCUGUGGAGAAUUUUCUGGAAUGAAGCGGUUUGAAGCCCGCAAGGCUGUCUUGGAGGCCCUGAAGAAAAAGGGGCUCUACCGAGGCACCAAGGACAACCCCAUGGUUGUGCCCGUUUGCAGCCGGUCGAAGGACAUUGUGGAGCCUCUGCCAAAGGCCCAGUGGUUUGUGAAUCUUUCCAAGAUGGCUGCCGAGGCUGUCAAGGAUGUAAGGGAAGGCAACUUGAAGCUGAUCCCGGACCACCACAUCAAAAUCUGGAACUACUUUCUUGAGAACAUUCGGGAUUGGUGUAUUUCACGGCAACUUUGGUGGGGACACCGGAUUCCAGCGUACUUUAUCAGUGUUGAAGGAGAGGGCAUCGAGCCUGGAGCUGAGUCUGACAAUGAUCACUGGGUCAGUGGACGCACUGUAGAUGAGGCAGCAGAGAAAGCUGCCAAAAGAUUUAAUGUGCCCAAGAGCAAGAUCGUCCUGAAGCAAGAUGAAGAUGUCUUGGAUACAUGGUUCUCCUCUGGCUUGUUCCCCUUCUCCAUCUUUGGGUGGCCAGAUGAGACUGUUGAUUUGAAGGCCUUCUACCCGGGCACAUUACUGGAGACAGGCCAUGACAUUCUGUUCUUUUGGGUGGCUAAGAUGGUCAUGCUGUGCACGAAGCUCAUGGGCAAGCUCCCUUUCACAGAGGUGCUACUCCACUCUAUUGUGCGUGAUGCCCAUGGUCGCAAGAUGAGCAAGUCACUAGGAAAUGUGAUUGACCCCAUCGAUGUCAUCCAGGGUAUCUCUCUGGAGGACCUGAAUCAGAAGCUUCACAACUCAAACCUGGAUCCAGCUGAGAUUGAGCGGGCCAAGCAAGGCCAGAAGGCUGACUACCCACGAGGCAUCCCAGAGUGCGGCACUGAUGCCAUGCGCUUUGCCCUCUGUGCCUACAUGUCCCAGGGUCGUGACAUCAAUCUGGACAUCAACCGUGUGGAAGGCUACCGGCACUUCUGUAACAAGAUCUGGAAUGCCACACGAUUUGCACUCAUGUCCCUUGGUGAUGCCUUCAGGCCAGAGGCCACUGCCCCGACCCCCAAGGAAGGUGCGCUUAUGGACAGAUGGAUCCUGUCCCGGUUGUCUGCCGCCACAGAGUUGUGCAACCGAGGAUUUGAGUCCUAUGACUUCCCACAGAUCACCACUGCCAUCUACAACUUCUGGCUUUACGAGCUAUGCGACGUCUACCUGGAAUCUCUGAAGCCAGUGUUUCAAGGAAAUGAUGCAGAGGCCAAGCGUCUUUCAUCCGAAGUUUUGGUGACCUGCCUACAUGCAGGCCUGCGGUUGUUGCACCCAUUCAUGCCUUUCUUGACAGAAGAGCUGUACCAGCGGCUUCCCCACAGGCCUCGUGCUGACCUUGCACCCAGCAUCUGUGUCGACGCCUACCCCGAAGUGGACGAGUUUCCAGCAAGGAAUGAGUCCUUGGAGAAGGAAGUGAACUUCAUGCAGGACCUUGUGCACAAAGUGCGGUCCCUACGUGCUGACUACAACCUCACCAAGGCCAAGGUUCACUUGUAUGUGCAGUGCAGUAGUCCCAGCAACCGGCAGACAGUGCACUCGCUAGCAGUGGUGAUUGCUGCGCUCACCUCUUCAUCGGAAGUGGAGCUCCUCGCUGAAGGCGCUGCCGUUCCUGUUGGGUGUGCCGUGACUACAAUCUCGGACACGUGUCAGGCAUACCUCAUGCUCAAGGGUGUUGUGGAUCCUGCAAAAGAGAUGGAGCGCCUGUCACAGAAGCAGGAGAAGCUCGAGACCCAACUAUCCAAGUUAAAGACAGCAAUGUCUGCUGCAGACUACAAUACAAAGGUGCCAGCUGAGGUUCAGGCCACAAACUUAGACAAGGUUCGCCAAAGUGAAGGGGAGUUGGCGAGGAUUGCUGAGACGAUACGUACAUUGAAGCUCAUGGACUAAACAUUCUCAUCAGCUGCCUACUAAGUUAAGAUGGAUGACUUUUUUAUGAAAAGUGGUUCUGGUUACAUUUUGUAUUUCCGCCCGGGAAGACUUGCUUUUACAGUGCUUAUUUAAAUAAAGCUUAAUGCUCCUGUUUUGCAA